CAUACUGUAAACAGUUCUCAAACAAAUCAUGUACUAUCUCCCCACUUCUUGUCUGGUCUUGUUCUUCCUCUUCUUUUUAUUCCACCCUCUUCCUUGUGUUCUAAGUAAAGAAGACCUUGGGUGGUGUGAGGCUCUGUUCCAAUAUGGUAAUCUCACUGCUGGGUUCCCCUUCUGGGGUGGGAAUCGUCCCAAAUCUUGCGGUCAUCCCUUGCUGGAGCUUCACUGCCUCAAAAACAUCACCUCUCUAAGCAUCUCGAACCAUGAGUACAACGUUUUCCAUAUAGAUCAAACAUAUAAUACCCUUAGACUUGCUAGAACAGACCAUCUAGGUUCUUUUUGUUCGGCUGGAUUCAAUACCACAACCUUCCCCCGCGAGAUCUUUAAGCUUUUCCCAACAUAUAAGAGCCUCACUGUCUUAUACCAUUGUGAUCCUAAGCUAUCUUACCGCUCAAGUUAUACAUGUCCAGAUCUAGGUCUUUUCUCAAUGUCCCAAAGCCUUGAUUACAAGUACUCCUGCCAAGAUAGUUUCAUAGUUAACGUUCCAACGAGUUUUGUUCCCGAGGAGAAAGAGUUAAAUUUGACCAAUUUGGAAAGUGCUCUACGAGAAGGGUUUGAGAUGAAGCUGGUGAUCAAUGAGAUACCAUGUCAAGAAUGUUCAUCCACUCAUGGAAUCUGUGGUUACAGCAGUACCACACAGAUUUGCUGCAACGUAACCUCACCAUCUGGUGGAGUUAGUUGCCUACCACAACCUCAACCUAGUGGCGACGUUGCAGUGAAAGGUUUAGCUGCGGAAAUCUGCGAGAUCUCUACUACCCCUUUUGGAUACCUGGCAGAGAAUACUGUGGUCACCCUGACUUCAAACUCGACUGUAGAGGAGAAUUGGCAGAGCUUAAUAUCGCCUCAGUGA